AUGUCCAUGGACACCUCCAAUCACAACCACAUACCAAAACAUGUUUUCAGCCGUUUAAGGUCAAAUGUGAAAUACAUUGAUAGUACACUUUCGCUACAUUUCAUCAAUCAUGUCACUAAUCCACCAGCCCACGAGAUUCUCCAGCAGGCAUCAAAUUUGGCACAAUGGAAGAUAAACAUCAGUGAUUUGGAAAACAUACUAGCGAUUUCACCAAUGUAUAAAAUAUACAGAAAUGAGCAUGGAACGUAUAUAUCAUUUCCUGAUACAAAGAAGAAGGAUCGAGUUGGUGUAUUUACUGAAUUGCUAAAUAAAUGGAUCUCGUCUCAUCAGGAUGACAAAUCACUAGCGAAAAUCAACUUGUGCGAUGUUUGGAUACGAACUACAUCACCAAGGAAAAUCACAAAAUCAUACUCUUCGUCCUCAUCACCAUCCCCUACGAAACUGAAGACUGAUUUCGCUGAUUUGAGAAACUCUCGCUCAAAAUUCACAUUCAAGGAAAAGAAUGCUGCUGAAGAAAGCAACAAGCAUCAAGGCAUGUCUUUACUUGAGAGAAUCAAGAUGAAAGAGAAGCUAAACAAUGCAAAAGGUGUAAUCACCAAAGAAGAGAAACAUGAUCGAUAUCUUGCCUCAAGAAUGAAACCAAUUUACAAUAUCAUUCAUCAAUUGUAUCUAGAUUCUGAAGAGAAACCUACUAGUAUGAAGCCUGUUUCGCUUUCACUUACGAAAAUCGUCCAAGUCGUACGCGAUACUUGUGAUGAGACACAAACGGACCAUGAUGACAUUCGUCGCAUUGUUCAGUUGAUAAAUGAUCGAUUGACCAAUUUUGCGAUCUAUGAAAUUUCUGGCAUGACAAUAAUACGCGUGUCUCAUUUGAAUCGUCUUGAAGAUUUGGCCAAACUCGGCACUACUGCGGCUAACCAGACCUAG